GGAGCCUGGAGGACUAGCGAGGAGGAGUUGAGAGAACGGAGCGGACGCCAUGGCGACCAACAUCGAGCAGAUUUUUAGGUCUUUCGUGGUCAGUAAAUUCCGGGAAAUUCAACAGGAGCUUUCCAGUGGAAGGAGUGAAGGCCAACUUAAUGGUGAAACAAAUACACCUAUUGAAGGAAACCAGGCAGGUGAUGCAGCUGCCUCUGCCAGGAACCUACCAAAUGAAGAAAUAGUUCAGAAGAUAGAGGAAGUACUUUCUGGGGUCUUAGAUACAGAGCUACGAUGUAAGCCAGACAUGAAGGAGGCCUCCAGAAAAAGAUGUGUGUCUGUACAAACAGAUCCUACUGAUGAAAUUCCUACCAAAAAGUCAAAGAAGCAUAAAAAGCACAAAAAUAAAAAGAAGAAAAAGAAGAAAGAAAAGGAAAAAAAGUACAAAAGGCAGCCAGAAGAAUCUGAAUCAAAGCCGAAAUCACAUCAUGAUGGGAACAUAGAUUUAGAAUCAGAUUCCUUUUUGAAGUUUGAUUCUGAACCUUCACCGAUGGCACUGGAGCAUCCCGUAAGAGCAUUUGACCUAUCUGAGACCACUGAGUCUUCUGCAGUUGUGCUAGAACCUCCUGUAGUAUCCGUGGAGGUAUUGGAGCCACACACCUUAGAAACUAUGGCGCCAACUGCAACAACUGCAGAACUGUCGGUAGCAUCUACAUCAGUAGUCUCAGUGCAGUCAGAGCGGUCUGAGGCAGUAACACAGGAACCAUCCAUGACAAAGAUUCUGGAUUCCUUUGCCACAGCACCAGUGACUACAACAGUAGUCCUGAAGCCAUCUGAGCCAGUUGUAACAAAGUCAGUGGAGUCUAAGAUGAAGUCUGUGUUGAAAUCUUUGGAGAGCACACCUCCAGAGCCAUCAAAGAUCAUGUUAGAGCCUCCCAUAGCAAAAAAAGUGAUAGAGCCAUCAGAAACCCUUACAUCAUCAGAGACACCUACUGAGGUGUAUUCUGAGCCAAGCACAUCAACAAUAAUGGAUUUUCCAGAGUCAUCUGCAACUGAAGUGCUAAGAUUGCCAGAGCAGCCCGUAGAAGCACCAUCGGAGAUUGCAGAUUCAUCCUCGACAAGACCACAGGAGUUGGAGCUGCCCAAGAGCACAGCGUUGGAGUUGCCGGAGUCGUCGGUGGCCUCAGCGACGGAGUUGCCGGGGCCACCUGCGACCUCCAUGCCGGAGUUGCAGGUGCCCCCUGUGACUCCAGUGCUGGAGUUACCAGGGCCCUCUGCUACCCCGGUGUCAGAGUUGCCAGGGCCCCUUUCUACCCCAAUGCCUGAGUUACUAGGGCCCCCUGCAACAGCAGUGCCUGAGUUGCCGGGGCCCUCUGUGACAUCAGUGCCACAGUUGUCGCAGGAAUUGCCAGGGCUUCCAGCAUCAUCCAUGGGGUUGGAGCCACCACAGGAGGUACCAGAGCCACCUGUGAUGGCACAGGAGUUGCCAGGGCUGCCUGCGGUGACUGCGUCUACAGUAGAGUUGCCAGGGCAGCCGGCGGUAACAGUAGCAAUGGAGUUGACCGAUCAGCCUGUGACGACGACAGAAUUGGAGCAGCCUGUGGGGAUGACGGCGGUGGAACAUCCUGGGCAGCCUGAGGUGACAACGGCCACAGGGUUGCUGGGGCAGCCUGAGGCAGCAAUGGUGCUGGAGUUGCCAGGACAGUCAAUGGCAACGACAGCGCUGGAGUUGCCGGGGCAGCCUUCGGUGACUGGGGUGCCAGAGUUGCCGGGGCUGCCUUCGGUAACUAGGGCACUGGAGUUGUCGGGGCAGUCUGUGGCAGCUGGGGCACUGGAGUUGUCUGGGCAGCUCAUGGCAACUGGGGCACUGGAGUUCUCGGGGCAGUCUGGGGCAGCUGGAGCACUGGAGCUUUUGGGGCAGCCUCUGGCAACAGGGGUGUUGGAGUUGCCGGGGCAGCCUGGGGCGCCAGAGUUGCCAGGGCAGCCUGUGGCAACUGUGGCGCUGGAGAUCUCUGUUCAGUCUGUGGUGACCACGGAGCUGUCAACGAUGACCGUGUCGCAGUCCCUGGAGGUGCCCUCGACGACAGCGCUGGAAUCCUAUAAUACGGUAGCACAGGAGCUGCCUACUACAUUAGUGGGGGAGACUUCUGUAACAGUAGGAGUGGAUCCCUUGAUGGCCCAAGAAUCCCAUAUGUUAGCUUCUAACACCAUGGAGACCCAUAUGUUAGCGUCCAACACCAUGGACUCCCAGAUGCUAGCGUCCAACACCAUGGACUCCCAGAUGCUAGCGUCCAACGCCAUGGACUCCCAGAUGUUAGCCUCUAGCGCCAUGGACUCCCAGAUGUUAGCGACCAGUUCCAUGGACUCCCAGAUGUUAGCGACCAGCUCCAUGGACUCCCAGAUGUUAGCNACCAGCACCAUGGACUCCCAGAUGUUAGCGACUAGCUCUAUGGAUUCCCAGAUGUUAGCAUCUGGCACUAUGGACUCUCAGAUGUUAGCUUCCGGCACCAUGGAUGCUCAGAUGUUAGCAUCUGGUACCAUGGAUGCCCAGAUGCUAGCUUCUAGUACCCAAGAUUCUUCUAUGCUGGGCUCAAAGUCUCCUGAUCCCUACAGGUUAGCUCAGGAUCCUUACAGGUUAGCUCAGGAUCCAUACAGGUUAGGUCAUGACCCUUACAGAUUAGGUCAUGAUGCUUAUAGGUUAGGACAGGACCCCUAUAGAUUAGGCCACGAUCCCUACAGACUAACUCCUGAUCCCUAUAGGAUGUCACCUAGACCCUAUAGGAUAACACCCAGGUCCUAUAGGAUAGCACCUAGGCCCUACAGGUUAGCACCUAGACCCCUGAUGUUAGCAUCUAGACGUUCUAUGAUGAUGUCCUAUGCUGCAGAACGUUCCAUGAUGUCAUCUUAUGAACGCUCUAUGAUGUCCUAUGAGCGAUCCAUGAUGUCCCCUAUGGCUGAGCGCUCUAUGAUGUCAGCCUAUGAGCGCUCUAUGAUGUCAGCCUAUGAGCGCUCCAUGAUGUCCCCUAUGGCUGAACGCUCUAUGAUGUCAGCUUAUGAACGUUCUAUGAUGUCAGCUUAUGAGCGCUCCAUGAUGUCCCCAAUGGCUGACCGCUCUAUGAUGUCCAUGGGUGCCGACCGGUCUAUGAUGUCAUCGUACUCUGCAGCUGACCGGUCUAUGAUGUCAUCGUACUCUGCAGCUGACCGGUCUAUGAUGUCAUCUUACACUGCUGAUCGUUCAAUGAUGUCUAUGACAGCUGAUUCUUAUACCGACUCUUACACUGAUACAUAUACAGAGGCAUAUAUGGUACCACCUUUGCCUCCUGAAGAGCCUCCAACAAUGCCACCAUUGCCACCAGAGGAGCCACCAAUGACACCACCACUGCCUCCUGAGGAGCCUCCAGAGGGUACAGCAUUACCCAGUGAGCAGUCAGCAUUAACAGCUGAGAAUACUUGGUCUACUGAGGUGCAAGCAUUACCUCCUGAAGACUCUGCAGCCCUCCCUGAACCUAUUGUAAGUCAAAGUGAGAUUUCAGAACCUUCAGCAGUGCCUGCUGACUAUUCAGUGUCAGCAUCAGAGCCUUCAGUGCUAGCAUCAGAGGGUACUGUGACUGUUCCAGAACCACCACUAGAACCAGAGUCUUCAGUUACAUCAACACCUGUAGAAUCUGCUGCAGUAACAGAAGAGCAUGAGAUUGUACGAGAAGGUCCAGUAAUUUAUAUGGUGUCUGAAACUCCUGUAAUGUCAGCUGAACCCACUAUGUUAACAUCAGAGUCUUCUAUGAGGUCAGAGACAGCAGAAAACUAUGAUUCUAUGAGAGCUUCAGGACAUGUUGCUUCAGAAGUGACUAUGCCCAUGCUAGAGUCAGGAGUAACUAUUCCAGAACAAUCACAGAGCACUCUAGAGCUGUCAGCCAUGGCUGCCUCAGAGCUACCAGCUGGGACUACCCCAGAACCACCAGCUGGGGCUGUUCCAGAGCCCCCAACCAUGAGUGUCCCAGAACCACUGCCCAUAACUGCCCCUGCUCUGCCAGCUGUGGCUGCCCUGGGCCCUCCAGCUGAGACUGUCUUGGAUCCUCUGGCUACGGCUGAGCCAGAGCAUGUUACUGUUCCCGUACCAGCUGUUUCUACCCUGGAGCCUACUGUGCCUGUCCCAGAACCAGCAGUGUCUACCCUUCAGUCUGCCGCAAUUGCUUCAGAACCAUCUGUUUUGGUCCAAGAAUCUGCCGUAGCAAUUUCGGAGCCUGCUGUCACUGUCUCAGAGCAUACACAAAUAACAGCAACUGAGAUGAUUGUAGAAGCUACACCAGUGAUGCUGGAAUCUCACGUUGUGAAGGGAAUGAAUUUAUUGUCUGGUGAUCAAAACCUUGCCCCAGAGGUUGGCAUGCAAGAGAUUCCGAAGCAUUCAGAAGAACCUCGUGCUGAGGGACACCUGAAAAAUGACUUAUAUGAAAGUGAACAAGGUGUAAAUACAGAUCUAAGUAUAAAUAGUCAUUCAAUUGCAAAAGAGAUGGAACACAAUAAAAUAUCUUCUGCCAGCACUGAUGCUGUUGGUGAAAUUGGUGAAGGGAAAAUUUUAACUGUUGAUGAGACUAAACAGUGUACAGUAUUGGAUACCUGCCCUAGUGUUAGUGAAGCUAAUGUAGGAGGAACUCUGUUUUCUGCUGGUACCCUUCCUCUUCAAACUGAUGCCCUAGGAACUAGUAAGGGUUUUGAAUUUGUGACAUCUGCUCUUAGUUCAGUUAGUAAAUAUGAUGCUGAAGUAUCUUUAACUGCUCAAGAUACUGAACAUGACAUGGUAAUUUCCUCCAGCCCCAGUGGUGGUAGUGAAGCUGACAUAGAGGGACCUUUGCCUGCUAAAGAUAUUCAUCUUGACUUACCAGCUAAUGAUUUUGUUCAUAAGGAUGUAGAAGGACCGUUACCUAUGAAAGAGAGUGACCAGACUUCAACAGUUGCUGUCAGCCCUAAAGAAAGUGGUGAAGACAAGGAAGUACCUCUCCCUAGCAAAGAGAUCGUGGGUGAUUCAGGAAUUUCCACCAGUAUUGAUGAUAUCAAUGAAGCAGAUUUAGUGAGACCAUUACUUCCUAAGGACAUGGAACGCCUUGCAAGUCUUAGAGCUGGUAUUGAAGGACCUUUACUUGCAGGCGAAGUUGACCGUGAUAAAUCUGCUGCCAGUCCAGUUGCCAUUAAUGUACCAGAAAGAGCUUCAGAAUCCUCUUCAGAGGAAAAAGAUGAUUAUGAAAUUUUUGUGAAAGUUAAGGACCCACAUGAAAAAAGCAAGAAAAAUAAGAACCGGGACAAAGGUGAGAAAGAAAAGAAAAGAGACUCUUCAUUAAGAUCUCGAAGUAAGCGCUCUAAAUCUUCUGAACACAAGUCACGGAAACGUACCAGUGAAUCUCGUUCUAGAGCAAGGAAGAGGUCAUCUAAGUCCAAGUCGCAGCGCUCUCAAACACGGUCAAGGUCACGGUCAAGGCGCAGGAGGAGGAGCAGCAGGUCAAGGUCAAAGUCUAGAGGAAGGCGAUCUGUAUCAAAAGAGAAGCGCAAACGAUCUCCAAAGCACAGAUCUAAGUCCAGGGAAAGAAAAAGGAAGAGGUCAAGCUCUAGGGAUAACCGGAAAACAGUCAGAGGUCGAAGUCGCACCCCCAGUCGUCGGAGUCGCAGUCACACUCCCAGCCGUCGACGAAGAUCUCGAUCUGUGGGCAGAAGGAGGAGCUUUAGUGUUUCCCCCAGCCGAAGGAGCCGCACCCCCAGCCGAAGGAGCCGCACCCCCAGCCGAAGGAGCCGCACCCCCAGCCGAAGGAGCCGCACCCCCAGCCGAAGGAGCCGCACCCCUAGUCGUCGGAGAAGAUCAAGAUCUGUUGUAAGAAGACGGAGCUUUAGUAUAUCACCUGUGAGAUUAAGACGAUCGCGGACACCCUUGAGGAGAAGGUUUAGUAGAUCCCCUGUCCGCCGUAAGCGAUCCAGGUCUUCUGAAAGAGGCAGAUCACCUAAACGCCUGACAGACUUGGAUAAGGCUCAGUUACUUGAAAUAGCCAAAGCUAAUGCAGCUGCCAUGUGUGCUAAGGCUGGUGUUCCUUUACCACCAAACCUAAAGCCUGCACCUCCACCUUCAAUGGAAGAAAAAGCUGCUAAAAAGUCAGGAGGAGCUACAAUAGAAGAACUAACAGAGAAAUGUAAACAGAUCGCACAAAGUAAAGAAGAUGAUGAUGUUAUAGUGAACAAGCCUCAUGUCUCGGAUGAAGAGGAUGAAGAACCUCCUUUUUACCAUCAUCCCUUUAAGCUCAGUGAACCCAAACCCAUUUUUUUCAAUCUGAAUAUUGCUGCAGCAAAGCCUACUCCACCAAAAAGCCAGGUGACAUUAACAAAAGAAUUUCCUGUGUCAUCUGGAUCUCAGCAUCGGAAAAAAGAAGCAGAUAGUGUUUAUGGAGAGUGGGUUCCUGUGGAGAAAAAUGGUGAAGAAAACAAAGAUGAUGAUAAUGUUUUCAGCAGCAAUUUGCCCUCUGAGCCUGUGGACAUCUCUACAGCAAUGAGUGAGCGGGCACUUGCUCAGAAAAGACUCAGUGAGAAUGCAUUUGACCUUGAAGCCAUGAGCAUGUUAAAUCGAGCUCAGGAACGGAUUGAUGCCUGGGCUCAGUUGAACUCUAUCCCUGGCCAGUUCACAGGAAGUACAGGAGUACAGGUUCUGACACAAGAACAGUUGGCCAAUACUGGUGCCCAAGCCUGGAUUAAAAAGGAUCAGUUUUUAAGAGCAGCCCCGGUAACUGGAGGAAUGGGAGCCGUUUUGAUGAGAAAAAUGGGUUGGAGAGAAGGAGAAGGAUUAGGAAAAAACAAAGAAGGAAAUAAGGAGCCUAUUUUAGUUGAUUUUAAGACAGACCGAAAAGGUCUUGUUGCAGUAGGGGAAAGAGCACAAAAGAGGUCUGGUAACUUCUCUGCUGCAAUGAAAGAUCUGUCAGGCAAACAUCCGGUGUCUGCUUUAAUGGAAAUCUGUAAUAAAAGAAGGUGGCAACCACCUGAAUUUCUCUUGGUCCAUGAUAGUGGCCCUGAUCAUCGCAAACAUUUUCUCUUUAGGGUAUUGAUAAAUGGAAGCGCUUACCAGCCCAGCUUUGCCAGCCCUAAUAAGAAGCAUGCUAAAGCCACAGCAGCUACUGUGGUUCUUCAAGCAAUGGGCCUUGUACCAAAGGACCUCAUGGCUAAUGCCACUUGCUUCAGGAGUGCCUCACGUAGAUAGAUUGAGGUUUUAUAUUAAUCAUUUCAGAUAAUUUUACUCUGCAUCAAAAUGUAUUUCCUCUUUAAUGUUGUAAAUAUUUGGCAAUUUAAGACAUUGUGUAAAAAGCAAUCUGUACAAACAUCUCCAGGCUUUGAUUUUUGUACCAUGGAAAUUGUAUUUAACCAUACAGGGUUUUGGUAUGUUUAUAUUGUUUACCUUAGUGAUGUAUUUGUUUAAGUGGCUAACAUCCAAACGAUUGUUUGAAGGCAUCCGUAAUCUUCAGUGUGGAAUGUUAAAUAACGCUUUUAUACUGUAUUUUGUACUAUGAUGUAACUCCCCUUCCUUAUGGCUAGGCUGCUGUAACACUUGCCUGUAAUCAGUGAAGGGCUGUGCACCUUGUACUAGUACUAGUUCACAAUGGGUUCUGCUGGACAGAUACUGGGCCAGUGUUAUUGAGGAAAUAAAGCAAGAUCUGUUCCACAGGGCUUAUGCCACCAUCUCCCCUUAAAAUUUUGUAGAGGUUACUAAAAAAAGUGGUUAUGUUGUGUGAUGAUCAGCACUAAGUCCUGCAUUCCCGUGAAAGCCACUGGGGCCAUGAGAAGGGAGUUAAAAUCAAGUCCGAAUAGAAUUCUACUGCAGAGGCCAAGUACAUUUAGUAUGGCAUUGAGUUGUGAUAUAGUUCUACUUUGAUGUGCAUUUUGA